UGUGUUGGGGCAAAUUGCUCUUCACCAUCCUUCACUUGUUGGGAUGUGUGAGACGCAAAACUCAACGCAACUUGACUAAGUGGCAUCAACAUAUCUUAGACUCGAACGUGUUUUCCUCUUUUGUUGGCGGAUGCGUGUCAAUUUCGCAUUAGUAAGAAUAUCACAGGUGUGAGAUCCCACGGGAAAACUUUUCCCCCCCCAUGAUCAUUUGUGGAUGAACUUCAAAUUGCUAAAAGUACCGUAGUCAGUGGAUCCAUGAGCCUGAAGAGGAUUCAGACCCUUGCAUGAACUAGGUGCUGUAAUUCUGCGGAGAACUAUGAUCGCGGCUCGCUGUCACUUUGGGCUCGUCCUGAUGGGCUGCCUGAUGAGGGCCACCUCUUCCCUCAACCAGGACGAUCCUAAUGUCUGCAGCCACUGGGAAAGCUACUCCGUGACGGUGCAGGAGUCCUACGCCCAUCCCUUCGACCAAAUUUAUUACACUAGUUGCACGGACAUCCUCAACUGGUUCAAGUGCACUCGGCACCGGGUGAGCUACAGGACGGCGUAUCGCCGGGGAGAGAAGACCAUGUACCGCCGGAAGUCCCAGUGCUGUCCCGGCUUCUAUGAGAACCUGGAAGUGUGUGUCCCCCACUGCGCCGAGAAAUGCGUCCACGGUCGCUGCGUGGCCCCCAACACCUGUCAGUGCGAGCCAGGCUGGGGGGGGGCCAACUGCUCCAGCGCAUGUGACAGCAGGCACUGGGGGCCCCACUGCAGCAACAGGUGCCAGUGCAAGAAUGCUGCUCUGUGCAACCCCAUCACUGGCUCCUGUUUGUGUGCGCCGGGCUACCGUGGAUGGCGCUGCGAGGAGCGCUGCGAGCCAGGCUCCUACGGCAGUGGCUGCCAGCAGCACUGCCAGUGCCAGAACGGGGCUACCUGCAACCACGUGACGGGGGAGUGCCGCUGCCCGCCGGGCUAUACCGGAGCCUUCUGCGAGGAGCUGUGUCCCCCGGGCAAACAUGGACAACAGUGUGAGGAGCACUGUCCCUGCCAGAAUGGGGGCGUUUGUCACCACGUGACUGGGGAGUGUACCUGCCCCCCAGGGUGGAUGGGCGCUGUGUGCGGGCAGCCGUGCCCAGAGGGUCGCUACGGGAGGAACUGCACGCAGGAAUGUCAGUGUCACAACGGGGGGACGUGUGCGUCGUCCACAGGGCAGUGCCAGUGCAGCCCCGGCUACAUCGGAGAGAGGUGCCAGGAAGAGUGUCCCGUUGGCACCUACGGUGUGGCCUGCAGCCAGACUUGCCUCUGUGUCAAUGGCGCCAAGUGCUACCACAUCAGCGGGGCGUGCCUAUGUGAGGCGGGCUACACCGGGGGGCACUGCGAGGUGCGCCUCUGUUCCGAUGGCGUCUACGGCCUCAAGUGUGAUCGCCACUGCCCCUGCCACAUCCACAACACCCUCAGUUGCCACCCCAUGUCUGGUGAAUGUACCUGCCGGCCCGGUUGGUCGGGGCUCUACUGCAACGAGACGUGCACCCCAGGCUUUUUCGGGGAGUCCUGUCAGCAGGUGUGCCAGUGCCAGAACGGGGCCGACUGCCACAGCGUCACCGGCGAGUGCGUCUGCGCCCCAGGAUUCAAGGGUGUCGACUGCUCCACGCCAUGUCCAGUAGGGACCCACGGGAUGAACUGCUCCUCCCCCUGCAGCUGUAAGAACGAUGCCGUCUGCUCUCCGGUGGAUGGCUCCUGCGCCUGCAAAGCAGGUUGGCAUGGUGUAGACUGUUCCAUUAACUGCCCCAGCGGCACCUGGGGCCUGGGCUGCAACCUGACGUGCCGCUGCGGUGAUGGUGGGGCCUGCGACGCACUCAGUGGCACAUGCACAUGCGCACCAGGGUGGAGAGGCGAGAAAUGCGACUUCCACUGUGAGGAAGGGAAGUAUGGAAUGGACUGCAAGCAGGAGUGUGACUGCAGCCACGCUGAAGGGUGUCAUCCUGCCACUGGGUACUGCCACUGCCAGGCAGGCUGGACGGGAAUCCAUUGUGACAGUGUCUGCACCGAAGGCCGCUGGGGUCUCAACUGCACGCUACCCUGUGACUGCAAGAAUGGGGCGUCCUGCUCCCCUGACGAGGGCACGUGCGAGUGUGCCCCCGGGUACCGUGGGGCCAUCUGCCAGCGCAUCUGUUCACCCGGGUUCUUUGGCCAUCGCUGCAGCCAGGCGUGUCCGCAGUGCGUGCACAGCAAUGGCCCCUGCCACCACGUGACGGGCCAGUGUGACUGCCUGCCAGGCUUCAAGGGAGCCCUCUGCAAUGAAGUGUGUCCCAGUGGCCGAUUUGGGAAGAACUGCGCGGGGCUCUGCACCUGCACCAACAACGGCACCUGUAACCCCAUUGAUGGCUCCUGUCAGUGCUAUCCCGGCUGGAUAGGCAGUGACUGCUCCCAGCCCUGUCCACCAGGCCAGUGGGGCCCCAACUGCAUCCACACCUGCAACUGCCACAACGGGGCCUUCUGCAGCGCCUACGACGGCGAGUGCAAGUGCACCGCGGGCUGGACCGGCCUCUACUGCACGCAGCGCUGCCCGCUGGGCUUCUACGGGAAGGACUGCUCCCAGAUCUGCCAGUGCCAGAACGGGGCCGACUGCGACCACAUCUCAGGCCAGUGCACCUGCCGCACGGGGUUCAUGGGAAGACACUGCGAGCAGAAGUGCCCCCCUGGCUCCUACGGAUACGGCUGCCGUCAGGUCUGCGAGUGCCUCAACAACUCCACCUGCGACCACAUGACCGGCACCUGCUACUGCAACCCAGGCUGGAAGGGCGCCAGGUGUGACCAAGCUGGUGUGAUCAUCGCAGGCAACCUCAACAGCCUGACCAGCACCGUGGUGCUGGCCGACUCCUACCAGAUAGGAGCCAUAGCCGGAAUUGUGGUCCUGGUGGUCCUGGUCCUCUUCCUCCUGGUCCUCUUCGUCAUCUACAGGAGGAAACAGAAGGGAAAGGAGCCCACCAUGCCAGCCGUCACCUACACACCGGCUGUGCGUGUCAUGAACACAGACUACGCUGGCGCAGAGACCCUACCACAGACUGGCGAGGCACACCCAAAUAGCAACUAUUUCUCAAAUCCAAGCUACCACACACUGACCCAGUGUACCAGUCCCCCACACAUCAACAACAUCCCCUAUGGGAAGGCAAAGAACAACCAGCUGUUUGUGAACCUGAAGAACGUGGACCACAGGAAGCGACCGCCGUCGAUGGAGCAAACGGGCACCCUGCCGGCGGACUGGAAGCAGGGAGGAUGCUUCAACGAGCUGGGAGCUUUUGGAGUCGACAGACACUAUAUGGGAAAAUCCCUUAGAGACCUGGUGAAGGGGACCCCCUACCACGCCAGUUCCUGUUCCCUGAACAGUUCCGAGAACCCUUACGCCACCAUCAAGGACCCGCCCCUCCUGCUGCCCAAGAACACGGAGUGUGGCUAUGUGGAGAUGAAGUCGCCGGCCCGGCGGGACUCGCCCUACGCGGAGAUCCACGGCUCCAGCCCCACCAACAAGAACGUGUAUGAAGUCGAACCUACGGUGAAUGGUCAUUCAGUCAGCAACAAUAACGGACCCCUCGGCCAGGACCCAUACGACUUACCAAAGAACAGCCACAUCCCCUGUCAUUACGACCUCCUGCCCACACGGGACAGCCCUCCCUCACUGCACAAGGAUCUGGGCGAAUGAGCUCUCAGAUACACUAAGGGACCAUGUGACUCCGCCCUCAUUGGCCUCAUGCCGUUUCCCCGCCCCACUUCCUCCCAUCCCCUUCACCAGUAUGCUGGUUGUUCUGAUUCAUAUUUACUUUCACUGUAAUCAUUCUAAAUUGUGCUUGUCCGAGUUCUUCCUUUAUUUGACAUUCAGAUAAAUCUCAGAGUCUUAAGUUCUUCCAGACACUAUGGUCUUAUACAAACACGGUUUCAUCAGUGGUUCAGCGAUGUGUAACGUGGGUUGAGAUUGGAGUCUGGUUUUGUUUUUUAAUGGUUAUGUUUUCAGCAUGCAGCUUCCUAAAUGACCAGAUAAUAGUUAUGCUUCAAACAGAGACAUCAUCAACAUGACACCUAGCUGGGUAUAUGGAAUAAUAAGAAUCAUGGAAGGAUGAAAGGAUAGAUGGAUGGAUGAAUGGAUGGAUGGACGUAUAUUUAAAUCAUUCCACUCAUUUAUGAUGCAUAUCACUUGAGUCUUCUAUAAUAUACAGAUAUGAAACAAAUUUCUAUUUUUUUAUGGAGGAAUAACCAUUGGCAGUAUUAUACAAUUGGCCAAUCGAUACGAUUAUAAGGUGUAAUCGCUUUAGUGUUUUUUGAAAGGAUAAUAGUACUGUACUGAAACAUCUGAAAACAUUUUACAUCACUUCUUUCUUGUUAUUAUCGAAGAUGCUUAAUAUUGCUAAUCUGUAAAUGGUCAAUCAGUACUAAGGAUGACCAAAGUGCCACAGUAACCUUCAGUGUCUGAUUUUUUUUAAAUUCACAUUGCAGGUAGAAAUGUCUAGAAGGACCGAGGCCCCACAGAACACAUGAAUGAGCUGUCGGCAUUUUUUAAAUCAGUGCAGCAGCUUGUUAAAAUUUUGCCAUGUCUUUGUUCCUUUAAUGAUUAAAUGUUUGCCACAGCACAGGGGGUGUCAGAUCUGGGAAUAUUUAUCCCUGGUGAAGGUUCUCGGACAAAGGAUUAAAAAUGAAGCAUAGUAUCUUCAGAUGAUAUAACCCAGGACCCUCCAGAUAUGGCCCUCGAUUCCAAAUCCAGGCCAUGUUUUCAGGUCUCCCAGGGAGUUAAUAAUUAGUGAUUCUAAUUGACCAGAGGCUUCACAACUGGCUCACAGGUAAAGGAAGGCUGGACAAUCGGCCAGGCUCAGCCCUAGAGGACCAUGAUUUGAAUAACCCUAAUAUAACCAAUACAGGCCAAAAGUACGUCUCUGUGAUGAAAUAACAGCACUAUUUAACACCUCUACACCCACUCUGAUAUUUUACAAAAAAAUACUGAGUUAAAUCCAUGCUUAAGCUGGUCUUUCGCAUCAAAGAAAGAAAAAACAUUUUGUAAACCAUGAUUAGAUAGAUACAAAAAUGCUUACUUCAUUGACUUUUUUUUAACAAUUUAAAUAUCUGUAUGUAUUAUUUUGGAUGUUAUUUUCAUUUCUACUGAAUGGCACAAGGACAGUCACUAGUCUUGAACUAUUCUGAGCCAGGUAUGAGAAAACGUUGUACAAAGACUGUAUAUAGCUGUAAAUCACUUUAAGACAUAAGUGAUGUGUGGUGUUGACAUGUAAACAUGACAAAAUGCCCUGUUUUCCCUGUGUGAUGCAGCAUAGUGUGGAUGGUAGGUGAGUUUUGCACCCUAAACUUUGCUGUCAGAGGUUCAUUUAGUAUAUACAAAAAAAAUGUAUUAUGUUUUACUUAUUUCCUAAAUCCUUUUUUUACAAAUUACAUGUAGACGAUGAUACAAUUGUAUAUUAAAUGUUUUUAUUAUUAUUUUUGAUCACAAUUUAGGCAAAUAUAAUUCUUUUUUAGCUUCUAAAUUGUAAAAUGCGCAUAUGAGAAAAUAAAAAAAGAUCCAUUGGAUUGUAUUAUAAAUACGACGGCAAUAUGUAUGUAUGUGUAUAUAAUUCGCAGUGUAGCUCGUUUUGGUUUCUAAGGUUUCUUUUAAUUUGUAAGGGUACUUAAAAAUUGCACAUUCAGUUCAACCUCUGUCCCCAAAGAAGUCAGAAGACAGUGAGAUUUCCUUAUGACAUGAAUAUCCUUGUGAUAUUUCCUUAAAUCUUUUACACAUACUAUAAAUUGCUUUUUGGUGCUGUAGAUAAUUGCCUGUAUGCGCCUGAGCUUUUCAAUAAAAUGACCUCUCUGUUCA